AUGGUACGCACACGCAUAGGAGAUUUGGAGAAGUCGUUAGGAUUCAGGUGGCAUGGUAAAUUGCUUCGGCACCGCAGGACACCAGACGCUGGACCCAUGAGCCAGCUCCUGGACGAUGUCGAGGAUGUGGUCGACCAAUACUAUGAUCUACCCUCGGAGGCUGCAAUCCGCAUGUCUGCUAAGCUUGAAGAGGAAGCCUGCGCACUGCUUGCCAGGAUUGGGCCGCAAGUCUGGCCAGAUGACCCUGUGGGGUGGCUACUCUCGACAACAGCAGAGGUUUUCGAUGGUCCCAAAGGACUGUACCCUCGUGAUCUGUACUUUUCGCGACAGGAAGACCGAAUAAAGAUACGAGAGAUAUUCCAUCAAUGGGUGAUCCACAAGACCACACGCGCGCGCGAGCAUCACCUGGCUAAAACACACCCUGCGGGCACAUCAACUCCAAAAGCUCGCAAGAGCACGCAGCAGUCAGCAGUAAGCGCACGCGCGAUCGAUCGCAGCUCAGACGAGGACUCGACAUCCGAUUACGAAGAGACUGGGACGACGAAGGCAGUCGCCAAACAGCAUGCACUCUCAGCCGAAUCGUCGACCAAGCAAGCGAAAUAUGACAGCCCCAGGGUCCGUGGCAGAGACAUGGAGGGUAUUCCACCAACACGGCCUGCGGCACCCAUUGAGAGACCUGUAUCUGGAGGCAAGUCCCAAGAUCUAGCUGCCAGGCCAAGACUGUUGCAAGAGUUGCCCCUUAUGUCUACUGAUCUUGGGCCGUCGGAGACGACGCAACCCAGCCAGCAAGAUGUAUGGGAAGCGCCUGGUACCGCCUUGGGAGCAUCGUGCUCGAAUUCUGGUCAGCGUCAAGCUACGACGUCUGCACCAUAUGCCGGCUCAGCCAAUAGUGCUUCAUCCCAAACCGCACUCUCGUCAAAGGUCGCCUGUCCGCAGUCAGACAGUGAUCUGGGCCCUAAUGUUGAGCAGAUACUGCAUCGGGAGCUGCAGCCUCGUGAUAUCACCUCGAAGAAUGCGAACUCGACCACCUCAGAUCGAUUGCCUGGGUUUCGACUUCUCACCAGCACCAAUUACGAUGUUCAGAGCGGCAGCUCGCAAGGCCAGCAGAACAGCACAGCAACGUCGUCAACAAUCGCAACGCAUGAUCCGGAGAAGGGGGCUGUAGGGAUCGAGGCUCGAGGCGAGGUCAACGCAGCUUUGCCCAUGCCUUCAGCGCCCACUAAGAACCACACACCGAUUGUCAGCCCAAAUCAAGUCACUGUGCGCGAGAAUGUAUACAUACCUACAGAGCCAGCAGCGAUGAGACAACGCAAUUUGGCAACAAGCAAGAAAUGGCUUCCAGGCUAUGACCUCGCACGAGACGUGCUGGCGGACUGGGCAGAUUGUCCCGUGGUGGCACAGCUGCUUCAUGCUGGAGUACCUCUGGCUCGUGGUGACCUGGAGAACCUGAAGGCCGUCUUCGAGCAUAACCCAGAAGCUCGCAAGACGAUCUUGCCAUCAGAUGCGAUCACUGCGACUAUGGCUUUGGAAAGAGUCAAGCGAGGGCCAUCUCAGCCAGCGAGUGGACUCUUGACUCCACUCGCAAGCGAUGAACAGAAUGACAGCAAAACUGGGCGUUCUGAAGAUGAUUCAAGCAUCGAUUGGUCAUAA